UAUAAACCCAACCUGACCUCUGGUCCUUCAUCUAUUUACUCUCUCCCUUUUCUCUAAAAUAUCUCUCCCGAUCUGUAUUGUCUUUCUCAUUCUCUGAGCGACAAUGACUCAUCCGGCUGAAUCCUCUAACGCGAGUUCGGGGAAGAAGGACUUCUCCACGGCGAUUUUGGAGAGGAAAAAAUCGCCUAAUCGGCUGGUCGUUGACGAGGCGGUUAACGAUGACAACUCCGUCGUCGCUUUGCAUCCUGAUACCAUGGAAAAGCUCCAGCUUUUCCGCGGCGACACCAUUCUCAUCAAAGGAAAGAAACGAAAAGAUACAAUCUGCAUUGCUCUUGCUGACGAUACAUGUGAACAGCCUAAAAUCAGGAUGAACAAGGUUGUUAGAUCCAAUCUUAGGGUUCGACUUGGGGAUGUUGUCUCUGUGCACCAGUGCCCAGAUGUUAAGUAUGGCAAGCGUGUUCACAUUCUUCCUAUUGAUGAUACCAUUGAAGGAGUUACUGGGAAUCUGUUUGACGCUUUCUUGAAACCUUAUUUCUUGGAGUCUUAUCGCCCUGUGAGGAAAGGAGAUUUGUUCCUUGUUAGAGGUGGAAUGAGGAGUGUUGAGUUCAAGGUCAUUGAAACUGAUCCUGGGGAAUACUGUGUUGUUGCUCCAGACACUGAAAUUUUCUGUGAGGGGGAACCUGUGAAGAGGGAAGAUGAGGAUAGGUUGGAUGAAGUCGGUUAUGAUGAUGUUGGUGGUGUUCGAAAGCAGAUGGCUCAGAUUCGUGAGUUAGUGGAGCUUCCAUUAAGGCAUCCUCAGCUCUUUAAAUCAAUUGGUGUGAAGCCACCAAAGGGGAUCUUACUUUAUGGACCCCCAGGUUCUGGAAAGACUUUGAUAGCCAGAGCUGUCGCUAAUGAAACUGGUGCUUUCUUCUUUUGUAUUAAUGGGCCAGAAAUUAUGUCCAAAUUGGCUGGAGAGAGUGAAAGUAAUCUCAGGAAGGCAUUUGAAGAAGCGGAGAAGAAUGCUCCAUCUAUAAUCUUUAUUGAUGAGAUUGAUUCCAUUGCUCCCAAGCGAGAGAAGACAAAUGGUGAAGUUGAAAGACGUAUUGUUUCACAGCUUUUAACUCUUAUGGAUGGGCUUAAAUCCCGAGCCCAUGUUAUUGUUAUGGGGGCUACUAAUCGCCCAAAUAGUAUUGACCCUGCUUUGAGGAGGUUUGGUAGAUUUGAUAGGGAGAUAGACAUUGGUGUUCCAGAUGAAGUUGGGCGCCUUGAAGUUCUCCGCAUCCAUACGAAGAACAUGAAGCUGUCUGAUGAAGUUGAUCUAGAGAGGAUUGCUAAAGAUACUCAUGGGUAUGUCGGUGCUGACCUUGCUGCUCUGUGUACCGAAGCUGCAUUGCAAUGCAUCAGAGAGAAAAUGGACGUGAUUGAUUUGGAGGAUGAAACUAUUGAUGCAGAGAUACUUAAUUCUAUGGCUGUUACAAAUGAGCACUUCCAAACUGCACUUGGAACAAGCAACCCUUCUGCUUUGCGUGAAACUGUUGUUGAAGUUCCCAAUUGCAGCUGGGAGGACAUUGGAGGCCUUGAAAAUGUUAAGCGUGAGCUUCAAGAGGUAAUAAUCAUUAUUCAAUACUGGAUUAAGACAUAUUUGAGGAUGUUUUCAGUUUUCUAUGCUCCAGAAACAUGUUUUCAAGAAUGA